ACAGAACUUCACCAGAACCCAACCUCAGAAAGGAGACGGAAAGCCUUAGAAACGGAGAAGAUAUACGUUUAAAGAACACAUAUUUACUUCUUUAAACUGUUACAAAAUUUAACACUAUACUCAUCGAAACUGAUACGUAAUUGGACUGGACUAGUUCUCUUAAGAUUUUGACAUUUUGGGUCAAUAUGCAAACAGAGCAAGUUGCAGGGUGUGCAAUACUUUUAACUGUUGCUGCUUUAACUAUUCGAUGGAUUUUUUCUACGGACAAGUCCUCGCACACAAGUGUUCGUAACCCCGGUGCUUUGGAUUCCGGUCAUGCAGUGAACAGUGAGCAAGUGAAUAUGAUCAAAUCAGUUUUUCCUAAUAUUGAGAGCGUUGCUAUCGCUUAUGAUUUGCAAAAAACUGGUAGUGUUGAUACCACUAUUGAAAAUGCGAUUGCUUCUCAAAAUUUACCUUUGCCAGCACGAGAUUCUGCUCUGUACUCUCGCUUUCCUCUGUCGCCUGGAUCUGAUCUAGCUAAUCAUUCUCCGAUGAGUAAUAAUGUAAAUCCUGAGCAAGUUGCUCAGACUGGACAAAGUUCAAGUACUGUAGUCAAUCCUUCGAUGUCAGAUGUCUCUAAGAGCUUGGUUGAUAAGUAUGGACUUUCUUCUCGACUCAACGAUACAAAUAACACCUCAUCAUCGUCAUCAUUGAAAACUGCAUCCGAACCCGUCCAACGUCAGAAAUUCCCCAACUCGAAGAAAGAGAGAGAGGAGCUUUUUCGUCGACGUAAGGAAGAAAUGAUAAUUGCUGCUCGGAAACGAAUGGAACAGAAAAUUGCCGGUGGAGAUGAUGCUUAAUCAAGAGAUUUCUUGUGUUACAUAACUAUGGAAAUAUACGGUAAUUCCUUGCAUCCGUUCCCACCCCAUAUUACAGACGUCUUUUACAAUGCUGAAGGAAAGCUCAUAUAAUUUUCUGUUAUAUGUUGGCAAACAACAUUAUUUAUGUUCUUGAAUUUCUUAGUAGCUGGCAAAAUAAGUUGUCUGAUCAAUUACAGUGACUCGUUUCGUAUGAAAGUUUACUAAAAUAGCUAUGUGCGAUGGUGCUUUCCUUUUUAAAAAUGAAAAAAAAAAAAAUUAUGACUUAUGUCCUUUAUAUUUUCUUUAUUUUAUUACACGAUUUUUAUUUACUAAUGCGCGAUUCCUUUUACUCUCAUCAGCGGGUUUGGACUGCAACGGCAUUAAUUAUAGGUCAUUUAAACUUUUGUUUAUGGUUGAAACCCAUGACUUUCAUAUUUUGGACAGCAAAAAAGAAAACUUAAUGUGGAUUAUGUAAGUAAAUUUUGUGUUGUUAUGUUGAAUUAAUAGACUUUCUAAGGGUAAUCUGAUGAACCAGAAUCUAUGCUAUUUCGAAUGUAAAAUGAUGGGCAUAAGGUUCCCCCGAGUCUCAUUGAAUGGCUUCAUACAUAUUGUUUUCACUGAAAAAGUUACGUCUUCUAUGUUGGAUUUAGCAAUUGAAUGAAUUAUGAUCUGUAAAUGCCAGCAUUAGAAGAAGGCUUUCCUUCAAAGUUUGUUUGACACAACAGUCCAAAGAUUUUGUUUUAUUUCAUAUGAUUAUGGUUUAAUAGAUAGUUUUUGUUUAUGUUAUUUAAGUAAUUACCAGAUUUGGCACCUUGUUUAAUGUUUUGCCUAUUUUCGGCUUACGUAGUAAUAUAAUACUAACGGGU